AAUAAUAAUAAUAAUAAUAAUAGCUGGUAUCUUCAUCAUUGCUGACAUCAUCUUAAGAAGAAGAACAAGAACAAAACUGUUUGAAGCAAAGAAAAUGAAGAUCAACACAGGUGCCACGAUGCAUCUGAUGCAGUUGGUUCUACAGGCUUCUGCAGUGAUGGCCAUGUUGGAAGUGCCAACCGAAUCCCAAACAGAGACCGAUUUACCUCAUACUCAACAAAUAACUGCUGACUAUACAGGGACAAUACGUCUGGUUGGAGGAGAUGUACCGAAUGUUGGUCGUGUGGAGGUGUUUUAUGGCGGUCAAUGGGGCACAGUGUGUGACGAUGACUGGGACCUGAGAGAGGCCAACGUUGUGUGCCAUAUGCUGGGAUACACUGAUGGUCGUCCAGUCCCGUCAGCAAGAUAUGGUGCCGGAACAGGUCAGAUCUGGAUGGACAAUGUGAACUGUAAAGGAUCUGAGAUCAGCUUACUAAACUGCAGUACCAAUGGAUGGGGACAACACGAUUGUGGCCACUACGAAGAUGCUGGGGUUGUGUGUUCAAGUACCUUCCAGACUUCGAAUAUAACUUUGGAACCAAUUAUAUUUGACAUUGAAGUCAUUGGAGAAAUUCGUCUGGUUGGAGGUUCAACCCCUCAGGCAGGAAGGGUGGAGGUGUACCAUGACGGUGCCUGGGGCACAGUGUGUGACGAUGAUUGGGACUGGCGUGAUGCAACAGUGGUGUGUCGGCAACUCGGAUACAAUCAUGGAGAAGCUUACCAAUUUGCUCGUUUCGGUGAGGGGAAUGGUCACAUUUGGAUGGACAAUAUCCACUGUGUUGGCACCGAGAGUUCUUUAUUCCGCUGUAUCCAUAACGGUUGGGGAAGGACGGAUUGUGGACAUUACGAAGACGCAUCUGCUGCUUGCUCAGAUCCUAUACCGACGACAACCCAGGUGAACAGUACCACAGGAGAGACACUCCAUCCACGCCAGACACCACAACCAGGAAUUGACUUCCAGAUUCGUUUGGCCGAUGGGGAGAACGCGAUGUCAGGCCGAGUCGAGAUAUACUACAGUGGUGAGUGGGGCACAGUGUGUGACGAUGGGUUCGACUGGCGGGAGGCUCAAGUCGUGUGCAGAUACAUGGGAUACAUAUAUGGCCGUCCAUUCAAACUCGCUCGCUAUGGCCCCGGAAUUGGCCCCAUCUGGCUCGACGAUCUCCGCUGUAAUGGGAAUGAAAGCAACCUAGCUGCCUGCCGCAACUCUGGGUGGGGUCACAGCAAUUGUGGCCACCACGAAGAUGCCAGUGUGAUCUGCUCGUACAGUAAACCAAACCAUUCUCGUGUGAAUCCCCCUCGCACCACUCUACCCCCACGAGUAAUUGACCACAAUGUGAGGUUAGCUGGCAGCAGAAACCACAAUGAAGGCCGUGUAGAAUUGAGAAUCAACAAUGUCUGGGGUACAGUCUGUGACGAUGAAUGGGAUGAUAGGGAUGCUGCUGUCAUCUGUAGGAUGAUGGGAUACAAUGUUGGAGUUGCAACGAUUAAUGGCAAUUUUGGUCCUGGGACCGGCACCAUUUGGCUGGACGAUGUCAACUGCAUGGGGAGUGAAUCGACCAUCGAGGACUGUCGAUAUCCUCAGAUUGGUCAACACAACUGCGACCACUUUGAAGACGCAGGGGUCAUCUGUUCGGCACCCCUGUACAACACCACAUGGAGUCCCGCUCCAACACCGACCACCACCAGUCACCCAGAAGGUAACAUCCGACUGGUUGGAGGUACCGAGAGUGCUGGCAGGAUAGAGAUCUACUACAACAACGUCUGGGGUACCGUGUGCGAUGACCAGUUCGACGAAAGGGACGCCAAGGUUGUAUGUCGUAUGCUGGGGUACAGAACUGGUCAAGCAAGACAGUCAGCUCUCUUUGGACGUGGCAGUGGUCAAAUCUGGUUGGAUGAUCUGAAUUGCUUUGGGUUUGAAUCUUCACUGUUCACUUGUCGCAGUCGUGGAUGGGGUCGACAUGACUGUACACACGACGAAGAUGCCAGUGUCAUAUGCUCCAAUGCCAUUCCACAUCCUGUAAUCACAAGGAAAGAUGAGAUAAUCCCUACCACAACACCAGUCCCAGUAAGUGUCCGUCUAGCUGGUAGUGACUCCUAUCUGUAUGGCCGCGUCGAAAUUCUAUACAAAGGAAAAUGGGGAACAGUUUGUGAUGACGACUGGGACACACAAGAUGCUCAAGUCAUUUGCAGGAUGCUGUCAUUGAGUGGUGGUCAAGCUCUGCUUUCAGCCACUUUUGGUCAAGGUGAAGGCGACAUACUUUUGGAUGAUGUGAGAUGCGAUGGCUCAGAAGAGACCAUUUCGGCGUGUGAGUUCCCAGGGUGGAACCUGCACAAUUGUGGACACCACGAAGACGCAAGUGUGAUGUGUACUGACGACUCAACCACUGAUGCAUCAUGGGAAAGUACAGAGAAACCACGUGACUCUGAUCUGAUCCGUUUGGUGGACGGUGACUACAUCCAAGGAGGUCGUGUGGAGGUGUACCAUGAGGGUACCUGGGGUACCAUCUGUGAUGACGAGUGGGACGAUGCUGAUGCCAACGUUGUAUGCAGAAUGAUGGGUUAUCAAUCUGGCCAAGCAUUCAUCUCAGCCCGUUAUGGAGCUGGACGUGGUGCCAUUUGGAUGGAUGACGUGUCCUGUCAGGGCAAUGAAACCUCCUUGUUCCAUUGUUCCCAUCAUGGUUGGGGCAGACACAACUGUGGACACAAUGAGGAUGCCAGUGUUAUGUGCAUCAAUGCUCCUGCGACAACUUUACAGACACCAAACAUUACAGAAAUUGAAAACCUGCCAGAACCUGUGACCUAUCCUCCCUCAAGUGAAGGGUCAGUCAAGUUAGUUGGUGGUAAUGCACCCAAUGAAGGACGUGUUGAGAUUUACCAUGCAGGUGUCUGGGGUACAAUAUGUGAUGAUUCAUGGGACGAGAGGGAUGCCACCGUUGUCUGUCGAAUGCUGGGCUACACACGUGGGCGUGCCAUCAUGUUGGCAGCAUUUGGAGCUGGAACCGGUCAAAUAGCCAUGGAUGACGUCAGUUGCCUAGGUAACGAACUCUCUCUGUCUGAUUGUCAACACAACGGAUGGUUAAACCACAACUGCGCUCACUAUGAGGAUGCAGGAGUGUCAUGUUUCUAGGACACACAGACAGACACGAACAGAGAAGGCGGAACUUUCUGGAAUUGACAUUUCUCUUCUUUGUGAUGCACAGAAAUCUAUUGUAACAUAUGUAUUUCACAAAAAA